AUGGUGAAAAUCGCCGAAUUCAGCGUCGAGAAUUGGAUGGACGCCUACGAGAACGACGCGCAGCACAACCUCGCAGAGACCUGUUGCGCCUCGAUCUCGUUGGACGAUCUCGCUCGGCUGUCCGGCUCGUCCCAGCCCCUCAUCAAUCUCUCCCGCAAGCAGACGUACGGUGCCAUCCGUGGCUCGACCGGGCUGCGCGAGAACAUAACCAAGCUUUACCGGACCCAGGCGAAGCAGCAGCUGGCCCUCACGGCAGACCAAGUCCUCGUGACGAACGGGGCCAUCCACGCCAACUUCUUGGCCCUGUACACGACCGUCGGCCCCGGGGAUCAUGUCGUCUGUCACUAUCCGACCUACCAGCAGUUGUACUCUGUGCCGGAGUCACUGGGCGCUGAGGUGAGUCUGUGGCGAUCGUCUGCGGAAAAGGGGUGGGCGUUGGAUUUGCAGGAGCUGAGGGGGUUGAUUCGGGCGAAUACGAAGGUGAUUAUUCUUAACAACCCUCAAAAUCCCACAGGCGCCGUCCUUCACCGCGAGUUCCUUGGCGGUGUUGUCGAGAUUGCCCGAGAACAUAAUCUCAUCGUUCACUGCGAUGAGGUCUAUCGCCCGCUAUUCCACUCCUUAGCCGAGGAGGAGAGACCGCCCUCAAUUCUAGAGUUCGAUUAUGAGAAUGUGGUCUCCACGGGGUCGAUGAGCAAGGCUUUCAGUCUCGCGGGCUUGCGUGUCGGGUGGAUUGCGUCCCGAAGCCAGCAAAUCAUCGAGGCGUGUGCCUCGUCUCGUCAUUAUACGCUUAUCUCCGUGAGUUCCGUUGACGAUGAGCUUGCGACGCGGGCGUUGAGUUCUCCAUGUGUGGAAAACCUCCUGGCAAGGAAUUUGAAACUUGCGAGGACGAACCUGGAUGUGCUUGGGGCGUUUCUGGAGGAGCUCAGCUGGGCGGUGCAGUGGGUGAGGCCGCAGGCGGGCACGACGGCGUUUGUCAGGUUUGUGAAUCGCGAGGGAAGACCGGUUGACGACGUCUUGCUUUGCCAGCGGUUGAUGGAGAAGACGGGCGUUAUGUUGGUUCCGGGGGGUAGAUGUUUUGGGGACAGCGUCGAUUUCAAGGGGUUUGUACGUGUCGGAUAUGUACCUGAGCGAGAAGUGUUGGACCGUGGGCUGGAGGCUUUCAGGGGAUUCAUGCGGGAGGAGUAUGAGCUGUUGCCUGUUGUCUGA